CUCCAGUGAGUCCAAAACAUUAAAGUGGAUAAACAGCAAGAAGAGAAAGAGCAUGGAAUGGAAAUAUUUAAGACAUGCUUGUCCAUCUUUGCCCUUCUCCUGACACUAACUAUUUUGGAAACAGGGAACUUCAUUGAAUCUCCAAGUCAGGUUUUACCGGAACACAAUGAAGAAGAAUCAUGUAUACCUCACACCAGGGGAAAAAGGAGUGCAGAGGCUGGCCAGUAUUGGCAUAUCCAGCCAUGCACAUGUGUCACAUAUGGAGCCUGUGAUUCCAUUGUUAGUGGCAUCUGUACAUGCAUUGAUGCUAUUCCAGCUGAUGGACAGUCCUGCCAGGCAAUAUCAGGGCUUCUGGCUCAGGUUGAGUACGAUGUGGAUGUUGAGCUGAAUUUUACUGAUAUUGGGACCGUGGGCGCCCUUAGAAGCAUACAUAUGGAUAUAAUAUUUACUGUGUCUCUAAUUCGACUCUCUUUUUCUACAGUACCUUUAGUAUUUUAUGAAUACCAGAUUAUUAUCGAGGUGAAAACCAGCGAUGCGGAUCAGCUGAGAAACGUCCUGAACAGUUUAACUUUUCCUGUCCAGAUCAGCCCCUCAGUUAACAUAUUAGAUGCCAAUAUCACCACAGUUUGCAGCCAAGAUAACACUGGGUUUCAGUGCCACUGUGAAAAUGACUAUCUUUGGCCGUGUGAUAAGUGUGACACCUAUGGGAAAUGUGAUGGUAAUACAAGCAACACAUGUGGAUGCAUCAAUGCCAUUCCUCCUGAUGGACAAUACUGCCAGCCUUUUGAUCAAUACGCUUCUGCUUACCGCGAGUUCUCCUCCCUUUCCCAACUCGCGCUGAUCUCUCUCCCUCUCAUCAUCUUCCUCACCACCAAUAUCGGCCACGGAGAAGGAAGCAUAUUUACAGAGUUUGUUGUUGAGACUACAAAGGUUAAUGCUGAAGAAUUCGCUGAAGCAAAUAAAGCAUUUUCAAAAGCAGUAAACUCUACUAUUGCCCCUGUCAUUGGCUCUGUCAAAAAAAAGAUGGCGAAGUGUGAUAAUGGAAAGUGGAUAUUGUUAGAGGACACUUGCGUUAUCAAAGUAAUCAAGGAGUUGCUUGAUUCUUCAGAGGUGUUGCAGGUGGAGGAUGUCCCAGAUUUUGUGGAGAAGCUAAGUGAAGAGAUCAAAGUGAUAAAGAAUGAUGUAACAAAGUCACCUAAUACCAUAUCAACUAUCGUGGAAAUCCUGGGCAACAUUGCAAAUGUUACUCUGGAAGUCAAUCAAUGUGUCAUGGAGGGCGUCCUUCAAACAGUUGAUUUCAUUAUUGGUGAGGAUUCAAGAGAGUCCUGGACAGUUCUGAAUGCAAACGAAAGCAACAACGCAAGCUCUGAUUUACUGGGUUCGAUGGAACUCCUCUCUGAUCAAAUAAAUGAGACAUUUACCGUUGAGACUGAUGCAAUCCUCUUCGACAGAAGCACCUUUGACAACUUGUUCUAUGCAAAUCUGAACACCAGCGUUGUCCUGGACAUUCCUAACACCGGCUUUAGCAACGUCUCUAUCACCACUAUUACUUUCUUCACCCUAAAUAAUGUUAUGCCAGUACGGAACUCCAGCUUUAACACCAGCCUCUUCAACACCAAUAACACUGACCCCGUUAAUGCCAUCAACGCAGCUGUGGUGCUAAUCAAAGUAAAUGAAACGAUUCGGAACGUUACUUUAAGCUACACCAAGUUAAACACGACUCGGACGCAAGAUCCUCAGUGUGUCUUCUGGAACUUUAGACUGUUUGACAACAGGGGUGGUUGGGAUAGUGACGGGUGUGAGUUUGUUUCUGAUAUAAAUGACACAGUAACCUGCAGAUGCGACCAUCUCACCUCAUUUUCAAUUCUGAUGUCAACUGGUAUCCAGCGGCAAUUCAAAGAACUCUUGGAUAUAAUCACCUACGUUGGAGUUGGGAUCACUUUGGCAAGUUUAGUUAUAUGUUUAAUUAUUGAAGGAUACGUUUGGAAAGCCAUAACUAAAAAUAGCACUGCCUUCAUGCGUCAUGUUUCCCUCAUUAACACUGCCCUCUCUCUGUUGAUCGCUGACAUCUGCUUUAUCAUUGGAGCCUCCAUUGCCGACAACCCAGCUGAAAACCCGGGGAAGAAUAACUAUAAUGUUCCAGUUGACUCUUGCAGCACAGCAAAAAAUUGUAUGCACUUGUUUUACCUUGCGGUGUUCUUUUGGAUGCUGGUUUCAGGCCUUCUGCUACUUUACCGGACAGUCAUGGUCUUCUCCCACAUGUCCAAGGCAGUCAUGUUGGCUAUUGGCUUCUUAUUAGGCUACGGGUGCCCUCUGAUCAUAGCUGUUGUUACUGUUGCCGCCACAGCACCAGGAGAAGGAUACAUCACGAACAAAGAAGCUUGUUGGCUUAACUGGGAGCAAACAAGGGCCCUGUUGGCGUUUGUGAUACCUGCCUUAACUAUAGUUUUUAUCAACAUAAUUAUCGUAAUCGUGGUCCUGUUCAAAAUGCUAAGAAGAGGCGUGGGAGACGCCGGCCAAAGAGAGGAAAGGCAUACGCUGGUUGUCAUUCUAAGGUGUGUGGCCAUUUUGACUCCUUUAUUUGGACUGACCUGGUCUUUAGGAGUGGGGACCAUGCUAGAUUUGACAAAUAGAGGACUCCACAUUGUCUUUGCACUCUUCAAUUCACUACAGGGUUUCUUCAUUUUAGUGUUUGGGACUCUUCAGGAAUCCAAAAUCCGUUCUAUCCUCGCAAGAAAAUCAACUACAACAAGCACAGGCUCCAAUACAACCAGAAGUACAAGUGGGGGCAUUUCCUCCACUGGACUCAACUGGUUCCAUCGACUGCGUGGAAGAAGAAACGUCUACCAAGUGUCAGAGGCUGCAAACUCGGGGAGUGCUGGUGCGUCGGAGUCAUUCUCCAAUAUCUAAAUCAAUGCAUGGAACCGUACACUUUAUUUCUUUAGGGCUAUUUAUUCAAAACAUCUGACAAUUAUAGGAUUUUCAGCACAUAAUCAGAAACAAUGCAGUUUACUGGGAUGAUAUUGUAAGAGAUGGUGCAACAGACAUGGUGAGUUUUUAAAUCAGAAUAGUUUAGGUCCUACAGGCAGCAUUAAAAGAAGUGUCUAUUGUAAAGGUACUGUUCCGUUAUUCAAAGCCCUAGGAAAGCAAGAGUGACACAACAUUGUGAAUGAAACUUUGAAAUUACAUUUUAUUUUGAAGUGUGAAAUGUAGUGGUGCUCUGAAUCAAUGAUGUGCAAUGAUCAAUUAUUAUCUUAAUGUACAGUCGUAGUGAAUCAUACCUACUAGCUUCUAGGUGUUUCAUGAUAACAUUGAUAAUACCAUGACUAUGUUCCUGAGAAAAAGAGCAUAAUACUUCCUUCAUUAAAAGCAAAACCUAAAAAAUGUGUAAAAAGAUAAAU